AUGGCUGCGUCACCGCCUACGGGAUCCAAACCCAUCCCGGCCACCCGCUCACCGACAGCAAAUGCGGAUGCGCCGACUCCACGGCCCCGCACCACUCCGCCGUCAGCGAGCCCUCCAACCUCCAAUGUUGCCGGUGCCACCGACGGUACCACCGCCACGGCCGCCGACACUAACAAGCCCGCAUCCAGGGCCAGGAGGCGACUUAAACGCCCCGCUCGGGAGUUGAUCCCAGCUCCCUCGAGCGGGGCCGCAGAAUCGCCAGUCCCGACAGCAGCAGAACAGGACCAACCACCGCCCUCUCGUAGACGCUUAGAGGGGUCUCACCCCGCGGGCGUCUCGAGGGCGGUUAUCAGCCAAUGA